UCAGGUACAGCAUCGUAAACAGCAAAACAGUUCUCCCCACCCACUCACCUGCCUGUUGAUUAUAUGAUGGCCCGCACUAUGGAACCAGUGGCAAAGAAGAUCUUUAAAGGAGUUUUAGUAGCUGAACUCUUGGGCGUUUUUGGAGCAUAUUUUUUAUUUAAUAAGAUGAACACAAGCCAAGAUUUCAGGCAAAUGAUGAGCAAGAAAUUUCCCUUCAUCUUGGAAGUUUAUUACAAAUCCAUUGAACAGUCUGGAAUGUAUGGAGUCAGAGAGCAAGAUCAAGAAAAAUGGUUGAAUAGCAAAAAUUAGGACCAGUCAUCGCGUUCAGCCUCCCAUCUAAGCUGUUUCUGACCUUUGUGGGGGAAAAGAAAGAUGAGCACACCACAUUGUGGACUCCUGGCCCCACAGAAGAAAACAGAAACUUCUGGUCUUUCAUGGCUCACAGUCAUUUCCCAUCUAUUAUUCAAAUCCCUGCUUUUGUUUGUUGCUUUCCUUUGGCAUUUAUUGUUAAAGAUUACUGUUUAACAAAUAAAAGACUAGGAGAA